AUGGCGUACCAUCCAUUUAUUCAUUAUUGGCUAUUACUUAUUGUGAUCACAAUAACGGCUACUUUCGACAAAAAUCAGAUCAAACUAUUGAAAGAUUCAUCUAGUAAAAACAUCAAUAACAUCAACAAACAUGCACCCGAAGGACCUUGUGGUGGGCAUUGCAUCAAUUCAAAUAGUCAUCAGAUUAAAAAUUAUCCAGAAAUACCGUUGGACAUUAUAAUGGAAUUAAACCAGGUUAAAAGUGUUUCAGAAUUAUUUUGGAAGUUUAUGCCACGUAUCAAUAUUUAUGAAGCAUUAAAAUACCAAACUAAUGAUGGUCAAAAUUCAACAAUUAUUCCAAAAGCGGCAGCUUGCACCACAGAAAAUCAAACAGUGAGCCUGAGAGACGAUGAUAACCCAAGUUUAUACUAUUCACCACCUUGUACACGAGUGAAGCGAUGUGGUGGUUGUUGUGGUAGCCUUUUGGUUUCUUGUCAACCGACCAAAGUCACCAUUAUACAAUAUUAUAACGGAACAUUCACUUUCAAAGAAAAGAAAAUUAUUACUGUAGAGCAACACGUGAAAUGUAAAUGUGAUUGUGUCGUGAAAGAGAAAGACUGCAAGCCCUCGCAAGUGUAUGAUGCUAGAGAAUGUCGAUGUUUUUGUAAAGAUUCAGAAGAAAUAUUAUGUGACAAACCAAGUAAGGUAUGGAAUUCAGAUAUUUGUUCAUGUCAAUGUGUUGAAGAGCUAGAAUGUACAACAGGUUACAAAUUCGAUUACAAUACAUGCAGCUGCAUAGAAGACACUGGCGAUUGGUAG